AAGAGGAAAAGGGAACGGGGAAAAUAGGAUGGAGAAUGAAAAGGACGAGGAGUGUGGCAACCUACUUGGUAUCGACUACUACGCCGCGCUCGGAUUGAAUCGCGGAUGCACCAACGAGGAUAUACGCAAAGCCUUCCGACGGCUGUCGCUUCGUUACCAUCCUGAGAGGCUCACUUCGAACGUCCGGGUCAGCGGGACUUGCGAUGCCCAACACUCUGCGUUUGCCAUCAUCGCCGAGGCUUACGAAGUCCUCUCGAAUCACCUCUACAGGGCGAUCUACGAUCAAUUCGGCGAGGCAAAGCUCAAAAAGAAAUUUCGUGGACCCGAUGGAUGCGUGCCACCCUACGUUUUCCAUGGCGAGCCCCUCCAAACUUAUCGAGAAUUCUUUGGAACUGAAAACCCUUACGCUGAUAUCCUCGAUAACUUGCGAAGUCCAGUGCCGCUCGAAGAUUGCCCAGAAGCUCCGAUAAAGAAAAAGGAUGAACCUAUAAUAAAGGCACUUCCAUUAACAUUGAACGAGGUCUUUUACGGCGGAAUAAAGAAAAUGAAGAUCCAACGGAUCGUUCUCGUGGGAGAGAACAACAAAGAGACGGCGCCGUCGACAGCUUUGGAGGAAAAAAUUCUCUCUAUACCGAUAAUGCCGGGAAUGCCUCCGGGAGCGAAAAUCGUCUUCCCUGAGGAAGGCGAUCAAGGACCGACGAAAAUUCCCGCGGAUGUGAUAUUCAUGACGGAGGACAAGCCGCACGAGACAUUCAAGAGGGAGGGCUCGGAUCUAAGGAUGACGGUUAAAGUGGCCCUGAGCGAGGCCUUAACCGGGACUAUCGUCACCGUCAAUACCAUCGACGAGCGAAUUCUCCGCGUCCCCAUUACGUCCGUCAUCUCACCGAAGUACGUGAAAACAAUAUCGGGCGAGGGUCUGCCGUUGGUCGAGGAUCCGGAGCGCCGCGGCAAGUUAAUAAUCGAUUUCGAUGUCCAGUUCCCGGAGUAUCUACCCCCCUCCAAUAAAAAGUACGUGCAGAUGGCUUUAGCAACGGAGCAAGAAGGGGCCGGUGACAACGACGCUAACAUCGAGGGCAACAAGCGCCUCGUGCACCGGAUGCUCCUGGAUGGCAAGAUGUACACGAGCUGCCGACAUUGAGGGAUGCACAGCUGCUCUCAUGCCUCUCUCUCUCUCUCUCUCUCUCUCU